AUGUCACCUUCUGCGAAAAAAUGGGACGGGAACGCGAUGAGUCAAAAUGAUAUGAUGCUGAAAGAUACAGUGAUUGUUCUUGACGACCAAGACAAUAUCAUUGGAUCCGCUUCCAAAAAGGAAUCUCACGUCUUCAACACGGAACAGCCAAGAGGAAUUUUGCACCGGGCAUUCUCUGUCUUUUUAUUUGAUGAGUCCACCGGUGAACUUUUGCUUCAGCAACGUGCAUCCACCAAGAUCACUUUCCCAAAUGUAUGGACAAAUACAUGCUGCUCUCAUCCUUUACACGGUAUGGAGCCUGCAGAAGUAGAUACCCCCGAGGAUGUUGCAAAUGGAACAGUUAUGGGUGCAAAAUAUGCAGCUAUCCGAAAGUUGGAUCAUGAAUUGGGCAUCCCUAGCGUCCAAUUGCCGGUAGGGAAAUUCAAAUUCUUGACUCGACUCCACUACUGGGCUGCCGACACAGUGACACAUGGAAGGGACAGCCCGUGGGGAGAGCACGAAAUUGACUACGUUCUCUUCUUCUGCGUCAAGAACAAGAGUGAACUGACUAUUAAACCGCAUCCUGACGAAGUCGAUGACAUCAAGUGGGUGUCACCUCAAAAACUAGACGAGAUGAUGAAAGACUCGUCGCUACUCUUUUCUCCCUGGUUUCGCCUUAUCUGUAAGAAGUGGUUGGUUACCAGUUGGUGGAAGAACCUCAAGGAGACAAUGACGACAGAUGAACACUGUGAUUACGCCGCAAUUCAUGAGUUCGAUCCGCCAAAGGAGCAUCUCGGAGGAAAAGGAAAAGCAGGGCCACUGUUUGAAGAAAAGCAGGGAGAUGAAAGCAAAAAACAAGGGGCUUAUGGAAAGGUGAAGAUACACAAAGAACCCAUGCUCAAACAGCUUUCGCAUAUCGACGAAGUGUUUGCAGCCUUCUACUUUUUGAAGGUCAAACCACUCAAAUCUAACUUGGAAACUCCGUUUAUCACGGAGACUUUCGACGCCGAUGACUUGGCAUUUUGUGAUGACAUCCUCGUGAAAGUUUCCCGUAGUUUUGCUGCGGUCAUUCGUCAAUUACCAUCCUCGAUGCUUGUUGAUAUAUUGAUAUUUUACCUGGUGUUGAGAGCGUUAGAUACGAUCGAAGACGACACUACAGCAUUCGAAAGCAACGAUAUCAAGAUUAAGCAUCUUACCAACUUCCGAAAGACAGCGUUGGGUGAUCCUACGUGGACCAUGGACGGAGUUGGCGAGGGAGACGAAAAGCUACUUUUGGAAAACUUCGACAAGUGCCACCGUGUGUAUGCCAAGCUGAGCGAGAAGUCAAAAAGUGUCAUUGGAGAUAUUACCCAACGAAUGGCAGAUGGAAUGGCCGAAUUUGUAGGAAAAGACUUGGGUCAGGGCACUGUAGACGUUGAGCAGUACAAUCGGUAUUGUCAUUUCGUCGCUGGUCUGGUGGGCGAAGGGUUAAGCCGUUUGUUUGCUGCUUCAGGACUAGAAAAGAAAUCCUUCGGCGGUGAACUUUUCCUGAGUGAUCAAAUGGGGCUCUUCCUCCAGAAAACGAAUAUCAUCCGUGACUAUCUAGAGGACUAUGUUGAUCAUCGAGCCUUCUGGCCGCAGACAAUCUGGAAGAAGUAUUCGAAAACGGGAGAGCUUGGGUACUUUACCAGACAAGAGGAUGAAGAAGUACAAGAAAGGUCUUUGCAAUGCUUGAAUGAGUUGGUAACAGAUGCCUUGGAACUGGCUCCCGAUUGCUUGGCUUACAUGUCGAAGCUUCAGUGUAAACAGAUUUUUCGCUUUUGUGCAAUUCCUCAGGUCAUGGCUAUUGCUACUCUUGACAAAUGUUAUUCGAACAACAAAGUAUUUACAGGUGUCGUUAAGAUCCGAAAGGGUACUUCGUGUAAGCUGCUUCUCCGGACCAACACAUUGGAUGAGGUCCAUGAUACUUUCUACCAAUUUUCCGAAGCAAUUGUUAGAAAGGCAAUGGCAAAGAGGACGAUGGGAGUUGUAGAUCCAUCCUACGAGAGAACUAUAAAGGCCUGCGAAACAAUUCAGGAACUCACAGCUUCAGGUCAUAACCGGCUGACGAGCAAACGUCGCAUGCCGUUUGUUCUUGGAGGUCUUCUGAUGGCAACAUCGUUAGGAUCGAAGUACAUCCCUAUUGAUUUCCCGGGAAUGAAGCAGAGUCUACUAUUGCUUGGAAUCGGGAUUCUCUCUUUCGGACCAUAUGCCAUCUCGCAGGAGAGCGAUUUGAAGGAUUCCAACGCCCUGUAG